GCCGCGCCUGCCCGCCCUGCUGCUGCCGCUGCCGCUGCCGCUGCCGGGGCAAAACCAUGGAAGGCGAGACCCUUGCACCUGUUCAGCUGAGAUCAAGGGCUUACAGAAUACUGGGAAGUCUGCUCUGAAACGAAAGCGCUCGAGACCCCCCAAGGAAGAGAACUGGCAAAGCAAGGAUUUUCAUGGCGCAGGCCGCAGAGCCGAGAGCCAAGACGGAAGGUUGCAUCUCGGCUUUUACAAUCUCUAACUGUCUAGGUCCCGACCAUGAGAGAUGGUGUUGAGAAUGCGGCUGUUCCCUGGUUCACUGUGGAAGCCAUCUCCAAAUUAGCUAUCACAUAUGGAAACUGGAGACCAGAAUUUUAGGAAAAGAGAUUAAGGCAUCUCACUUGGGGGGGUGGGGGGUGUCUUUUUAUUUUUUCCUUUUUUUUUUUUUUUUAAAUCACUGCAACUGGAACAGUUUCUGAUCUCAAAAGGCAAGCCUCUCUUCCCGUGUGAUCUUUAUAAUUUACACUCUUUUCCGUGAGCUUUCUUACCUCCCUUUUUUUAUAUCUCUCCAUAUCCUCUUAUUCACACAUAUAUCCAUUAUAUUAGUAGUGGAAUUAUUUUUAUUUUUUGCUUUAGUACUUGCACCCUCACACACACUCUCCCGAGAACCAGAAGUCGGUUGGGUGUUUAUAUAAUGAAGAAUUAUGGGGCUGUUUGAUCGAGGUGUUCAAAUGCUUUUAACCACCGUUGGUGCUUUCGCUGCCUUCAGUCUGAUGACCAUAGCUGUGGGAACCGACUAUUGGCUCUACUCCAGAGGGGUUUGCAAGACCAAAAGUGUCAGUGAGAAUGAAACCAGCAAAAAGAACGAGGAAGUUAUGACCCAUUCUGGAUUAUGGAGAACCUGCUGCCUAGAAGGGAACUUCAAAGGUCUCUGCAAGCAAAUCGAUCACUUCCCAGAGGAUGCAGAUUACGAAGCUGACACAGCAGAAUAUUUCCUCCGGGCUGUGAGGGCCUCGAGCAUUUUCCCUAUCCUGAGUGUGAUUCUGCUCUUCAUGGGUGGACUCUGCAUCGCGGCCAGCGAGUUCUACAAGACUCGACACAACAUCAUCCUGAGUGCCGGCAUCUUCUUCGUGUCUGCAGGUCUGAGUAACAUCAUUGGCAUCAUAGUGUACAUAUCUGCCAAUGCCGGAGACCCCUCCAAGAGCGACUCCAAAAAGAAUAGUUACUCGUACGGCUGGUCCUUCUACUUCGGGGCCCUGUCCUUCAUCAUCGCCGAGAUGGUCGGGGUGCUGGCCGUGCACAUGUUUAUCGACCGGCACAAACAGCUGCGGGCCACCGCCCGCGCCACGGACUACCUCCAGGCCUCUGCCAUCACCCGCAUCCCCAGCUACCGCUACCGCUACCAACGCCGCAGCCGCUCCAGCUCCCGCUCCACCGAGCCCUCACACUCCAGGGACGCCUCCCCCGUGGGCAUCAAGGGCUUCAACCCCCUGCCGUCCACGGAGAUUUCCAUGUACACCCUCAGCAGGGACCCCCUGAAGGCCGCCACCACGCCCACCGCCACCUACAACUCCGACAGGGAUAACAGCUUCCUCCAAGUUCACAACUGUAUCCAGAAGGAGAACAAAGACUCUCUCCACUCCAACACAGCCAACCGCCGGACCACCCCCGUAUGAAGCCCGCGGGAGUCUCGCCAGCCUCGCCAGCGCCGCCGCUGCCACCGCCGCCGCCGCCGCCGCCGCCGGGGUCCGGGCAGAGCCGGGAGGAGGGGCGCCGCCGCGGCGGGCGCGCGGGGUGGGCCAGGGGGUGGGGGGAGGGUGGGGACCAAACCAUCCUUGGGGGGGGACAAACCUUCCAAAAG